AUGCUCACAUUUUCCAUUCUACUCUCUGUCACCUUCAUGGUCAUCCUCUUGGGGGGCUGGUCAGGCAACGGCUUGAUCGCAACCCUGGGUGCCAUCCUCGCCAGCUUUUCACUGGCUCUGCGUGUCGCUUCUCUCUUGCGCCCGGACUCGUUUCCGGUGUUCCCCUAUCCUCGCCCUCCGACCCUCCCUCCGUCCCCCCCGACCGGUUCGUCCCCUCCGGCCCGCGAGAAAGUCGAAACCUGCACCCUACAACAUGCUAGGGAUGACGACAUCAGGUGGCUCGAAAACCUGUCUGAUCAAGUCAGGGAACUGAGGAUGGCUAUUUUACCGGCAGAGGGUGAAACAGCCGAGGUUCUUUGGGAUAUGCUGUGA